GAAAAGACCAAGCGAAGGCGCAUGCGCAGUGCCUCUGUCUGUGCACACACUGCUGCUAAUGCUAAGCUAAAGCGUCCCUCCGCAGUGUCCACCAUGACCCAACAUGUCCCCGGCACCACCACCGCUCCGUGCGCCGCGCCUAACGGACCUUUUACCUACGCACUGAUUUAACAUGAGGCGAGUGGAAGCGCACAGUUAGUGAGUCCGUUUCUCUGCUCACGGAUCUGCAGAGCUGCCGUUAGCCUGUGAAGCUAACUGACGCUAGCCCCGUGAACAUGGCGAUUGUGUCUGGCUCGUGCGGCAGAGUGAGCGGGCCGUCUGUCCCGGGCGCAGGCUCCGUGUCCGGGGUGCUCUCUCAGCCCAUGGUGGUGGUCUGGGAGUGGCAGGACGAUCAGGGCUUCUGGCGGCCCUACAGCGGACAGGUCAGCGCCUACAUCGAGCGCUGUCUCUCCCCGCGGGGACAGAGACUAGCGGGAGCCGGCCUCACGAGCAUCUGCCUGGGACACUCCGACCCGAGCCUGGCGCAGUACCUCAUAGACGUGCCGGGCCUCAAGCAGUUUCGACAGGACACAGGUAAGACUCGUUCUGUGCGCCGCUCCCUGUUUGCCCAAUCGUCAGGCCUGGGCAGUGGCGUGUACUGGGAAUGGGCCAAUGAUGACGGCACUUGGACUCCAUAUGAAACUAGGACCUCCAUUCUGCUGGAGCACAGUUAUCAGGCUCGCCAGGGCACUGCCGAUCUGGGCUCUCACGGCUAUAACUAUAUCGUGGACCUCACGUCCCUGUCCCAGGUUAACAAGUCCACUGGGUUCAGAAGACAGGUGCGCCGCCAGUGUAACCUCCCGUACCCCUUGGCUCCUUCUGGGGCCCACUCUGGGGCCUCUGGACUUUCCUCUGGGGCCUCUGGCCUCUUGUCUGCAGCCCCCCCUGGACUAUCUUCUGGGGCCUCUUCUGGACUCUCCUCUGGGGCCACUCCUGGAGUUUCCUCUGGGGCCCCCCCUGGACUCUCCUCUGGGGCCCCCCCUGGACUCUCCUCUGGGGCCCCCCAUGGUCUCUCCUCUGGGGCCCCCCAUGGUCUCUCCUCUGGGGCCCCCCAUGGUCUCUCCUCUGGGGUCCCCCAUGGUCUCUCCUCUGGGCCCCCCCCUGGACUGACCUCUGGGUCCCACCCUGGACUGACCUCUGGGGCCCACCCUGGACUGACCUCUGGGGCCCACCAUGGACUGACCUCUGGGGCCCACCCUGGACUGACCUCUGGGGCCCACCCUGGACUAUCCUCUGGGGCCCACCCUGGACUCUCUUCUGGGGCCCACCCUGGACUCUCUUCUGGGCCCCCCCCUGGAAUCUCCUCUGGGCCCCCUCCUGGACUCUCUUCUGUACCUGUGUCUGUUUCUUCUGGACCUGCUUCUCUGCUUACAGGGCCCCCUGGGACCCCUUCAUCCCUGGCCUGCUCCUGUCAGCAGUGUCUGAGUCACAGCUCCACGGGGCCCAUGUCCAGUCGCUCACGCCACUCCUUCUCCUCAGGCAAUCUGACCCGGCCGAGUGUGCAGAGCAGUGGAAGAGCUACAGCCGCUCACCCCACCUCUGUGUACUCGCCGUACCCCAGGAGGCCUCUAUCUGUGGGCAGUGUGUCCUGGGGGAGCCCCUGGCUCCCACCUACUGCUGCUGGUCAUCCCUCCACUCAUCCAUCCAGCUCCUUUAAUGGGAUGAGUGUUCCCUCAGUGUCAGUGCACCUGAAUGGCUCCACCAGUGUGAGUUCUGCCCUGGCAGCCUGUGCUCAGAGGCCAGAGGAGGUGAUCCAGCGCUACAUGGAGGUAGUGGUUGGAGUGCCAGACGAGGACUGCAUUAUCUGUAUGGACCAGCUCUCCAAUCCUUCCACUUAUGAGCUCCCAGCCAAAGAGGACAGAUGCCCUGUGAUCGAACCAGACACUGUGGGCAAGUUCAUCAAGUGUGGCCACACGCUGCAUAUGCUCUGUAUGCUUGCCAUGUACAACAACGGCACCAAGGAUGGCAGCCUGCAGUGCCCCUCGUGUAAGACCAUCUACGGAGAGAAGACGGGCACCCAGCCAAAGGGAAAGAUGGAGAUCUACAGCAUCUCCCAGUCCCUGCCUGGGCACCCUGAUUGUGGCACCAUCCAGAUCAUCUACAGCAUUCCCCCAGGCAUCCAGGGCCCAGAGCACCCCAACCCAGGCCAGCCGUACACCUGCAGAGGCUUCCCCAGAUUCUGUUUUCUCCCAGACAACACUAAGGGUCGAAAGGUGUUGGAGCUGCUGAAGGUGGCCUGGAUGAGGCGUCUGAUCUUCACCGUGGGGACCUCCAGCACCACUGGAGAGCCGGACACUGUGGUGUGGAACGGCAUCCACCACAAAACCGAAAUGAUGUCCAAUCUGUCUGGACACGGUUACCCCGACCCCAACUACCUGGACAAUGUCCUGUCCGAGCUGGCCUCGCAGGGCAUCACAGAGGACUGUCUCAGAGCCCACAGCUGAACCUCCACCACUCUAAAGGAACCUUUGAAGAAGCACUUUAGGUUUACAGUGAUUUAGAUGAACAGCGCUGGCAUUUGUCUGAAUCUUGCGUGUAUAUGACUAGUCUGUUAAGGCAUCAACACAGAUGACAAGAUCCAUUCAUGAUGAGAGACCACAUCAGGGCUGCAACGAUUCAUUAGAAUAACUGACUAAUAGACUUUUAAAUAAUUGCUCAUUGUUAUCUGGUCUGUUCUGGUCAAAAGACAUUUGAUAACACAGUGGCAUUAAAUCUAAAUGGCCAAA